CUGCUUGCAGUUCUGUAAUUUAGGAUUGGGUCAGCAAGUCCGGCCUUGUAGAUCAAGGAAAUGUUGGUACAUCUAUACUUACAACAUUCCUCCCACCAAUCUGAGUCGCCUGCUCUCUUUGGGCAGGUGCGCCCAUUUCCUGGCGCUGGAUCCCGUCUGAAACUACAUUGUCCAGAAGACAUUGCACCAAGAUCAGCCAAUGAAAUGGGCGUUUUGGUGACGACAAAGGGACGCUGGGCGGGACUUUUGGCUUAUGCCUGCAGGAGCUUCUUUGAAACUUUCUGGAUCUGUCAGUCUGGUUCACAGAAAACAGGUUUCAUCUGCGUUGGCCAUGGGAGGAAACCCAGAACGUUAGAAGCAUUUGUCCCCCGUCAGGGAGACCGAUCUGACGUUUGCGACGACCCGUGUGAUCUGAUCCAGGCUUCUUCCAGCAGGGAUGGCGGCGUCCCAGGGCCCCACGAUCCUGUGGAGUCCGAUGGUGAUUGUGGAGGCUGCGGGUGGAGCCCUGCCCCAGGUUUCCCAGUAUUCAGUGAAACCUGCCAACCAGGAAGAGGACUGCGUGUCCUUUGAGGACGUGGCUGUGUACUUCUCCUGGGAGGAAUGGACACUGCUUGAUGACUCUCAGAGGCUCCUGUACCAGACUGUGAUGACGGACAUCUUCACACUCGUGUCCUCACUGGGACUUAUAACUUCUGGGAUUCCUGACGUAACUGAGGCGAGGUCUUGUGGAGAUCUCUCUGUGCCUGCACUGAGAUUCCUGACUCCAUGUUUAUGGACAGGUUGCUGGAUCAAAGUGGAGGGUGAAGCGUCCCCUUCUGAGCAGAGUCUGUCUGCAGGAGACCUCGCCUCAUCCAGGCUCCAAGAGCAAAUGCUGAGCUGUGCCGACAUACCCCUACUUAGCACAGACAAUGUGACCAUCCUCCAGACUCCCUCAAGUCUUCUCAGGCAUCAGGUGACUUACACUGUUGGGGAGCCGGCCACCAAGAGCACCGAGGGCGGAGAGGCCGCGCAGGGUGAGAAGAGGAACUGCCUAUGCAGUGACUGUGGCAAAACUUUUACUAGCACAUCUCACCUUAAUCGGCACCGGAUGAUACACACGGGAGAGAAGCCGUUCCAGUGCAGCGAGUGUGGGAUGUCCUUCAGCCAAAAAGCCUUUCUCACUAAGCAUUUCAGAAUCCACACCGGAGAAAAGCCUUUCAGGUGCAGCGAGUGUGGCAAAGCUUUCAAACAUAAUAUCUCCCUCGUUUCUCACCAGCGAGUUCACACAGGAGAAACCCCUUUCACGUGCAGUGAGUGUGGGAAGUCCUAUAUGACCAGAUCGAACCUUACGCGCCAUUUUCAAGUUCAUACCGGAGAGAAGCCUUACAGUUGCGGCGAGUGUGGGAAAGCGUUUAAGGAAAAAUCCAGCCUCGUUUACCACGCCCGGGUGCACACUCGCGAAAGGCCGUUUGAGUGCAGCGAGUGUGGGAAAUCCUUCAGCCAAAAGACCUUUCUCGUUAAGCAUUUCAGGGUCCACACGGGAGAAAAGCCUUUCAGAUGUAGCGAUGUGUGUGGGAGAGUCUUCACUGUGAGGUACAGCCUGCUUAAACAUCGGAGAUUCCACACGGCAGCCAAGCAUCGUGAGUGCAAAGAAUGCGGGAGAGUGUUCUGCUAUAGGACCGGACUCUCUAGACACCGGAAGAUUCACACCGAAAGAAGUCUCGAGUGCAGUGAACGUGAGAAAUCUCUUUCGUGAUCUUCCCAUCUGCACGCAAGAGAAUGUU